AUGCAUUUCGCUACUGCUCUUCUCGGCCUCGCUAGCCUCGGCCUGAAUAUCCUCCCCGUUCAGGCCGUGGCACUUCCUGCCAUGGCUUUGUCUCGCGGUGGCGGGGAUGAACUGGCGAAGCGUCACCAGUACGCCCAUGGAGCCGCAGACGAGGACGCCUUGGAGAAGCGCCACCAGUACGCCAAAGGAGCAGCUGAUGAGGAUGCUUUGGAGAAGCGCCACCAGUACGCUAAAGGAGCCGCUGAUGAGGACGCCUUGGAAAAGCGUCAUCAGUACGCCAAAGGAGCCGCAGACGAGGACGCCUUGGAGAAGCGCCACCAGUACGCCAAAGGAGCAGCUGAUGAGGAUGCUUUGGAGAAGCGUCACCAGUACGCCAAAGGAGCUGCAGAUGAGGAUGCCUAUGAAGACUAG